AUGUCAUCCGGACGGAACGCGCCUGUAUUUCAGCGCCCCGACUCCGUGAACUCGGGAGAGCAAGGCAUCGAGGAGGAAGACGCGCUGCUCACUGGCCAGCGCCCCGGCAAAAGAGAACCCAUCAACGCACAUAACAAGGGCAAAUGGAGAGAGAUAGUACUCUUCGCGUGGGCGCUGGUUGCUACAGCUGCUGUCGUUAUCCUCGCCGUUGUCUUUCAGCAUAACACCCAGGUUUCUGAUGGGGGAGACAAGAGCAAGCACGGAGGAGGGAAGAGGAAUCUGAUCUUCAUGGUUUCGGACGGCAUGGGCCCUACCAGUCUGGAGUUGGCCAGAAGUUGGAGGCAAUACACGGAUCAGCUUCCCUGGAAUAACACGCUCGUCUUGGAUAAACACCUGAUCGGACAGAGCAGGACGCGCAGUUCCAGCAGUCUCGUCACGGACUCUGCGGCUGGAGCGACAGCUUUCAGCUGCGGCAUCAAGAGCUACAAUGGAGCCAUCUCUGUGUUGCCUUCGUUCGAUCCGUGUGGAAGUGUCAUGGAGGCUGCGAAGAGGAAAGGUUAUACCACAGGCUUGGUCGUCACCACCAGAAUCACAGAUGCCACGCCCGCUGUGUUUGCCAGCCAUGUACGUAGACGAGAGAUGGAGGAYGAUAUCGCUUUGCAAAUGAUCGGGGAAACGCAUCCGCUUGGAAGGAUGGUAGAUCUGAUGAUGGGUGGAGGCAGGUGUCAUUUCUUGCCAAACACCACCGAAGGAGGAUGUCGUGCAGACGAUGUGGAUGUCAUCAAGACUGCCGGCGAGAAGGGAUGGAACUACAUCUCAACCAGGAACGAGUUUGAUCACUUGGGCCCGUCGGUGGAGCUUCCUCUACUGGCACUGUUCUCACCAACAGACAUUCCGUAUGAGGUGGAUCGACGGCAUCAGAAUGAGGUCUACCCAUCUCUGGAAGAGAUGGCCAAGACCGCCCUAACAGCACUAAGCGCUGCGACAAAGGACUCAGACCAGGGCUUCUUCGUAAUGAUCGAAGGUUCACGCAUCGACCAUGCUGGACACGCAAACGACCCAGGAGCUCAAGUACAUGAAGUAUUGGCAUACGACCGUACUAUUGCCGCCGUGUUGGACUUUAUCAAGCACGAAGAAACUCCCACCCUCAUGGUCAGCACCUCCGACCAUGAGACCGGUGGACUGGCAGCCGCAAGGCAGUUGCACGAAGAUUACCCACAAUACCUCUGGUACCCUGGUGUCCUUGCAAACGUCUCCCAUUCUGCCAGCCAUGUAUCCCGCGAAUAUCAAAUGCACAUCUCAUCUCUACCCGAAGAUCUAUCAGCAGACGCGGAGUCUGAAGCCAAGAAGACUUACAUCAAAGAAUUGACAGCCAGGGCCCUAGGGAUUAACGAUCCAAGCACCGAGGAGAUUUCUGACCUCAUUCAACGUCCAGAACGGGCUUCCUACAUCUUUGCCGACAUGGUCUCUCGUCGCGCGCAGACAGGUUGGAGCACGCAUGGCCACUCUGGCGCGGAUGUCAACAUUUACACUUCUGAUUCCCACGCUGCGAAAGCUCUCCGUGGAAAUCACGAGAACACUGAGGUUGGGGAGUUCCUCCGCAACUACCUUGACCUUGGUGACGAGGUUGAGAAGGUCACCAGAUUACUCCAGCGACAUGGACACGAGAAUGAUGAGACGUGGAUGGGCUCGGUGCCGCAGGACGGAGAGCGUCUCGACGGCCAGGAUCAUCUGGACGCUUACCAUGGCGAUCACAAGACAAAGCGCUGUGCUGUUUGUGGGAUCUAG